UCCAAAUCUCUUUUGUGCCAACCCCCAGCUCCCUUGCAAAACAGAAGGAAAGGUCAGUACAAGAAUAGUGUGGGUGCAGCAGAUGCAAUGCAUUGCAGGAGGGCCUUUGGAGGGACCCUGCUUUUGCAUGCAAUGCAGCUCCUCUCCAUUCCCUUGACAGUGUUUGGAUUCUUUUGCAAAAGGGAAAAGAGGUGUAGUCCAGAGCAGAUGGGCCAGGCUUGAGGCCCCUCUGGUGCCCCUUUGUCCUCUUGUGCCCAUGCACUGCUCUUGCUUCCAGGUGCUGGUGGCUGCCUUGGCGCUGGUGGCCGGCUUGCAGUUGCUUUACUUGGCCCUUCUGUCUGGGUUGCAUGGGCAAGACCAGCGUUCCCGCUAUGCCGAAUUGUUCCAGGGGCACCGGCCUUUGCCCCGCGAUGGGCACAAAGACAGGCUCAAGCAAGUGCUAGCCAGUGGUGGUCUCCUGGAUGCCAGCGGCCAGUAUCGCGUCUACAGGGACAUGCUGCGGGGGUCCUGGGACGGACGAGAAAGCCCAGACGUGGUACUGGUCACCCACACCAGCCUUGGCAACUUGCACCAUGCCCAGAGGUUGGCGGAGCGCUGGCAAGGCCCUGUUUCCGUGGCCCUCUUUGCCCCCGGCUUGGCCGAAGUACGCUUGGCCACUGCCAUGAUCUACGCCUUGGCGGCCCUCUGCUUCCCUCUCCGCCAGCUGCUUCGCCUCCACCUGGUGUGCCAUGCUGACCAAGUGGCCACUUUCUCUGAGAUGGAGGACGGCGGGGAAUUUGCCCACCUCCAAAGCUGUGGGGAUGUCUUCGCCAAGUUGGCACGGCUAGGGGCCGGCCGGCGUAAUUAUGCCAUGGACGUCGCCAACGCUUUUUACCCCAACAACCUGCUCCGCAACGUGGCCAGGAGGGCGGCGGGUGAGCAUUGGAUGUUGGUUGUGGACAUGGACAUGGUGCCCAGCGAGGGUCUGCGGGAGGCCUUCCUGGCAUUGAGCAAAAAACCUCAUCAGGAGUUGCCGGAGGUCUUUGUGGUGCCAGCAUUCGAGAUCCGCCACACUCGCCGCAUCCCUGGCACCAAGACAGAGUUGUUGCAGUUAUACCAAGUGGGUGAGAUCCGGCCUUUCUACGAGGAGCUGUGUGCCCGGUGCCAGGCUCCCACCAACUACUCCCAGUGGCUGAAUCUUCCCACAGGCGGCCCCCUCCACGUGGCCUACGAAGUGGAGUGGCGAGACCCUUGGGAACCCUUCUACAUUGGUGCCAGUUCGGUGCCUCCCUACGACGAACGUUUUAAACAGUACGGCUUCAACCGGAUCAGCCAGGCCUGCGAGCUCCACGUGGCCGGCUUCCGUUUUUCGGUGCUGAGCAACGCCUUCCUGGUGCACAAGGGCUUCAAAGUGGCGAGCGAGUUCCAUGCGCAAAAGGAUGCGGAGAACCAGCGCAACAAAGUGCUCUUUCGGCAAUUCAAGCAGGAGCUGAAGGUCCGGUACCCCGCCUCGCCACGGCGGUGCUGACUUCACGCCCGUGUUUGCAGGUAGACGACUGUGCCUCUGCUUUUGGACGAAGGGUGGCGCACCCAGCCUUGACGGAAAGGCUCAACUCAGGACAAGGACUGCUCCUAUAGAAAUUGGAGAAGGUGUAGGGGAUUGGUCCACUCCAAGUAGGUUUGUUGCUGCUAGAAGUCCUUGCGCUUCAUCUUUGAGAGUCUGUGCACACAAUACACACUGGAUUAAUGAGUCCCUGGAGAACAGGAAGGUAGUGAGUUGCCUUAUCCUGGGUCAAACCCUUGGUCCAUCUAGCUCACUGUUGUAGCUUUAACUACAACAUUGUGGCUUGGCAUGGGUUCAGGUAGGGUCCUUUCCUUGGCCUAAUGAUCCUUGGUUUUCUUUGGUGAUCUCCUCUCCAUGUAUUUCAGGGGCUAUUAUCUUUCUCUUCCUAGGAUAGGAAACCUUGGAUAAGAAACCUGUGACACCAACCUUUCCAUCCUGAUAAUGUUAAGAAUGGCCUUUUCCACCAACUACUGGUAGUCGUGUUUUCCUUGUCUGGCAUUCUAUGUUUUUGAAAUCCAGGGGCUAUUAUAGUUCUUAUCCCAGGAUAGGAUAGGAUAGGCUAAGAUAGGCUAGGAUAGGAUAAGAAACCUGUGGAUCCUGAUAGUAUGAAGAUGCCUUCGAUCCCAUCAGAUUGUUUUCCCAAUUGACUGGCAUUCUGUGAAACAGAUCUGCAGAAUAAGGUCUGAUGUUGUAUGAUUACUAUUUAAGGUGGAGAAAGUGGAUUUGAGAUUUGGGUUCUGACUUCUGAGAGAGUUUGAUGGUUUGGAGAAACAGAGCAAGGAGUCCAGAUUCUUGAAUUCUAUCCUAAGUGUUGUUCUUCAGUUUGGUAACCUCAGGUUUUUCCCCCUUGUGUAAUGGGAAUUGAUAUAUCUAUGUACUUCUUGUGAAAGGAAGGGUGGAAAUCGAAAUAUUUGCCGGAACACUUCAAAACACAAAUGGAUUAAAAUGAACUACUUGGAUUGAAAAUGA